AUGUCUACCUCUACCGCUACCGGGACCGAGAGUGGCCGGCUGAAGAAAGGCUUUCGACCACCGGUGAAGGUGGCAUGCACGUCGUGUCGUGCCUCCCGCACGCGCUGUGAUGGCAAAGCCCCCUGCAACAAUUGUCAGUACCGGGGCAAAGACUGUCGCUAUGUAAAGAGCAACCGUGGAGGGCCCCGCGUCGCCCGUAAAAAGGCCUUCCAGGCCACUGUCGGAGCCGUUCAGGCACCGGACAUGGCCUCGUUGCCGUCCCCGGAUAUCGACUGGAUGUCGCUCAUGUUGUCUUCGGGAGAGCUCCACGACGAUCUGAUCGCCUCCAUGAUUUCGCCUGGAGCCGGCUUGACCGAUCUCGACCAAGAUGGCGACAGCGAUCAGAUCUUCGACAGCAUUUUCUUGCACGCCGCCGCCGCCGAGGACGAGCCCGAGCCCCUGAUCAAGACCUUGGAAGACCAUGGCCUUGGCCUUGUCCCUUACCGGCCCCUCUUACGGCGAUAUCACAGCACUAAGAGCGUUCUGAACGCAUACUACAUUUUCGUUCAUCCAUUUUUGCCCAUCUUGCCACCCCCCACGACCACGCUGGAGGUUGAUGCCCCCGUCACCACCGGUUCUACGGACUUCCAACCGGCGUCUCCUUUGGCGAUGGCGUUACUGGCCAUAUUGAGUCUGAUCCCGCAUCCCGACGACGCCCAUCCCGAUAGCGACGAGUCGGUGUGCCUGCGAAGACAUGAAGCGCAUACUUUCUCUGACAUGGCCAUGGAAAGCAUCGAGAUCGAGACCGAGCUGCUAGAGUCUGCCACCAGCCCCUCGGCGGCCUUGGACCACACCCUGCCAUCUUUCAGUCGAGAGAGAUUCCAUCCAUGCUUACCGGUUGAGCUGGAGAGUGUGCUGGCGCACGUGGUGUUGAGUAUUUACGAGUAUGCACAGAGGGGCAAUCUUGCCAAAAUGAGGAACCGGACCAGUCAGGCCUAUGACGCGGCCAUCCGACUUGGUCUCCAUGACAUCUCAUCCCUCCCCAUAGACGAGUGUACAGAGGCACGUCGGAGAGCAUGGUGGAUGACGUAUACUGUGGUUCUACAGAGCUCUAUCGUUAGUAAUCUGCCACCCAUCAUUUCGAUUGAUUUCCAUCAAUUCAGCACUCCCCUGCCUACUACAUCUUCGGAUUCUGAGGUGUGGGCAUUCUACAUCGAAGCCCAGCAGUGUAUUCUGCGGUGCACACAGUACACGGUGGCGCUGAGAAAGGCAUUGGACAGCGGACUCGAUGUGAGUACGUUGGAUCUGAAACAGGUCAUGCUGGACGACGCCAUCGAUGCUGCUCUGGCUACAUAUACGAACCGGUCGACUCAACUGGGGGGGUUGUCUCCCACGGCUCCCACGGACGUUGAAGAGCGUACCGUCGCACAGUCACUGCACUCGCAAGCCACGAUCAAGCUCAUGAGCGCGAGGAUCAAACUGCAUCGAUACCGGGCAUUCCAAGACGUGCCGAUAUUCACACGCCGUCACUGCGAUCUCGACCAAGUCGAUCAAUCUACUCCGCGACCCCUCGGAUGCUCCUGUCCGACAAUCAAUCAAUCAACGCCGGUCGUCUCCGUCUCCGUCUCCAACGCCAACUUACCACCCACUGCAUCCAGCUUCACGUUCUCGGCUUGCUCGUCAGACGCAUCGACGAAUCCUUCCUCUUCCUCUUCCGCCUCCUUUCCCGACACCGACACCGACACGACCGGCACGCCGAUCAAGGCACGACAACCACAACCUUUCAGUAAUCUACCGGCUGCCAAAACCUGUCUCCGAGCAGCCCUUGCCAUCGGCCGCGCAUUCGAAGCAUUGCCCUAUCCGAAUCCCAUGCAGCUGCCCCUCCCUGUCGUCUCUCCUGCCACGCUGUCUCUGGCUUCCACCACCUCGGCGCCCCGGACGAUGCCGUCGUUUGCCUGCUGUGCCAUGCAAAGUUGCUACGUGCUGCUCACCAUGUCCUACCGGAGUCGAGAAAUGCAAUGCAUGUACCAGUACCAGCGAAGUAUGGCCGCUGACAAGGGCCUGGAGGAGCUCUAUGCUGGCGUCGACCGCGUCUUGGCCGCCCUGCAGAACUACUCCAUUGCCUUUGAAGCUCUCAGUGGCAUGACGCGUGAGUUUUAG